AUGUCUGACUCUCCGCCAGCCGGGCAAGAUACGGAAGAGGCCCGCAACUUGCGAGAUCGCCUGGCUGAUAUUUUUCGCCCAAGACCUUUCGGCUCUGCGACAGAUCAAUCGGGAGUACAAGGUGCCCAGGGCCUGGGAAUAACGAACGAACCGGAUGUGAGAACUCGCCUUUUGGAGUCGUACGACCGUUCGGACCCUGCGUGCGGUGAGAGACGUUGCAGCCAUGGUACUUUUUCUCCUCACAUCGAAACAGCCGAAAGAGCUGCAUUUUCGCGGUCAUCUGGCAGUCAUAUCGCACACAAUGGGAUUAGGGAAUCAGGGAUGGCGUCCAGUCCCUUCCGCGGAGGUGAUGGUCGGCCAGAGUCCCACCAAGAUUCGGAAUACCCGUCAUCACAAAUGAAAUCUUCCACCUCGGCUCUUUCUACUCAGGAAUCUAAGAAACUUUACGUAUCCUAUUACAUUCCCCUCUUCAAUUGGAUCGGACAAUAUCAAUGGUCUUUUCUACGAGGAGAUUUGAUAGCAGCAUUGACAAUCUCCUCCGUCUAUAUUCCAAUGGCCUUGUCUUUAGCCUCGAACCUUGCGCAUGCACCCCCAGUCAAUGGUCUUUAUUCCUUCGUGAUACAUCCGCUGGUCUAUGCGGUAUUAGGAAGUUGCCCACUUAUGGUUGUUGGACCGGAGGCGGCAGGCUCUCUGCUCACGGGUGCGAUUGUCAAGGCUAGCCUUCUGCCUGACGACACCCCGGAGGAAAUAAACGUGAAGAGUGCUAUGGUAGUAGGGAUCGCAACCGCGAUGACUGGUGCUAUGAUUCUUAUUGCCGGAUUGACUCGCCUAGGAUUUCUGGACAAUAUGCUCAGUCGGCCCUUCCUCAGAGGAUUCAUCACAGCCAUUGGUUUCGUGAUUUUCGUGGACCAGCUGAUCCCACAAUUGGGGCUUGCAGAGCUGGCAAAAGAGACUGGCGCUAGUCAUGGCACGACAGUUGCCAAAUUGUCUUUCAUUAUUCGCAAUGUUCGAGAAAGCCAUGCCCUUACUGCGGUGGUUUCGCUUGUGAGCUUUGGGAUCAUCUUUUUUUUCCGAACCUUGAAAAAGUGGAUGGAACCUCGCUUCCCCCAAGUGAUUUACUUCCCUGACCGCUUUUUCGUCGUGUUGAUAUCGGGUAUAUUGGCUUGGUCUCUCGACUGGGAAGCGAAAGGCCUCGAGCUUUUAGGAUCCACCGAUGUCAGUGCAAGCCGCCUCUUCGCCUUCCAGUGGCCCUUCCAAAUGAAGUAUAUGGAGCACAUUCGCACUGCUAUGAGCAAAGCCUUCAUCAUUACUCUUCUUGGUUUCUUCGAGUCUUCGGUGGCGGCGAAGGGCCUGGCCGAUGUCAAGUCCGAUGGAAUCCAGGGCACGCAAAUUAGUGCCAACCGGGAAAUGGUAGCUCUGGGAGUUGCCAAUCUCGUGGGUGGGUGCUUUAUGAGCCUUCCAGCUUUUGGCGGAUACGGUCGAAGCAAGCUUAAUGCACAGACCGGAGCACGAUCCCCAAUGAGCAGCAUUUUUAUUUCGGUCAUCACUCUCAUUGGAAUUCUCGUUCUUUUACCCUAUCUCUCUUGGCUUCCGAAAGCGGUCCUUUGCUCUAUGAUAUCCGUCGUGGCAUUUUCUCUCGUCGAAGAAUGCCCCCACGACUUGAUCUUUUUCUUCCAUCUUCGUGGAUGGACCGAACUAAUGCUGAUGUUCCUCAUUUUCGUUACAACCAUUUUCUAUUCACUUGAGCUGGGCAUGGCCCUCGGAAUCGGUGUAUCUGUCAUAAUCCUUAUCCGCCAUGCCACCCAGCCUCGCAUUCAAAUCCUUGGCAAGGUAUCCGGCACUUCCACCCGCUUUGCGAACGCUGAGCUUCAGCCCGAAAACACCGAGAUUGUUGAGGGUGCACUGAUCGUCAAGAUCCCUGAACCUCUGACAUUUGCCAAUACUGGUGAUCUAAAGAACCGUCUUCGUCGUCUGGAGCUCUACGGAACCAGUCGAGCUCACCCCUCACUUCCCCGCAUGCGCCCUGCCGAGUAUAACAAGAACAUCAUCUUCGAUGUACACGGCGUCACAAGUAUUGAUGGUUCGGGUACUCAGGUUCUCUGUGAAAUCGUGCGUGCGUAUACGGAGGAAGGAACGAGGGUUUUCUUCUGCCGGCUGCCCAAUGACAAGGUGUUUCGCAUGUUCGAGCUGAGUGGAAUUGUUGAGGAAUGUGGUGGUAUCACACACUUUGUUCCCAGCGUGGACGAAGCUCUUCAAAUGGCGGAAACAGAAGAACGAUGGGACGGUGACUAA